AUGCUCAUAAAUUCUUACAAAAUCAAUGAAAAAAUAGGAGAGGGAAUAACUUGUGAGGUGUAUUAUUUUAAUUAUUUUAUUAGGUCUUUCUUGGAAGCAAUUAACAAAAUUAAAAAUUUGCAAUAAAAAAAGUAGCUAAAGCACCAUUUGGACAUAAAAUGAGAGAUAAACAAGCUAAAAGUCUUGCAGAAGAAAUUUUUAUAAUGAGAAGUCUAGAUUAUCCAAAUAUUCCAAAAUUAUAUGAAGUGUUUGAAUCCGAUAGUAUCUUUAUUAAUUAUAAUUAAAAAAGAUUACAUAGAGUUAAUAAUGACUUAUUAUGAAGGUGGCCAUUUAUAUGAAAAGCUUAAUAAUUUUAGUCUGACUCAUAAAUAAUAAUUGGUUAAAGACAUAGUAGAAACAAUGAAUUAUGUUCACUCUUAAUAAAUUAUGCAUCGAGAUUUGAAACCUCAAAAUAUUAUGUAUAAAGAUAAGGAUCCAAAAAGUACGGAUAUUGCUAUUAUUGAUUUUGGAUUUGCAACAAACUUAAAAUAUUAGGAACAUGUACUCUAUAAUUGUGGUACUCAUGGUUAUGCAGCACCAGAAGUAUAAGAAUAUAAAGAAAAAUAAAAAAUGUAUACAACUUAAUGUGAUGUUUAUAGUUUAGGAAUAAUCAUUUAUGAAAUGUAUCUUUAUAUUUUAUUAUUAUUUAGAUUCUAUGGUGUACAUCCCUUUAGAAAUUCUAAUAUUGGAACCCUUAUAUUCAAUGACAAAAUAAAGGUUCCACAAUCUCUAAAGAAUCUUUUAAUUUAAAUGACAAGAAUCUCACCAAAAUAACGGUUUACUCUAAAAGAAUGUUUAGAUUAAGAUUUUUUUAGAGAGAAUUUUGAUUCUUAAGGUUUGGAUGGCUUGUCAAAAUACAGUUUGGUCGAUUCAAUUUAUUAUAAAUCUCUAAAUAUAUCACGAAAAAACUCCAUUGAACAAUCUAUAAAAUAAGAAAAAAUAAGUAAAUUUGAAUCUGCUAAAAACAAAACAGUAAAUUCUACUGCAGCAGAAUCUAAAAAUAUAUUAUUAAAAAGCUUAAAUCCUAAUGAUCAAUAAUUCUAAGAUGAUCUCUAAUUUAACGAAUAUCAUAAUUGUCCAAAUGAUUUUAAUAAUUUUCUCUAAAAAAGAAUAUGA